ACAGACCAAGGAAUACAGAGAGCAUGUUUUCUAAUAACAACGCCAGCCAUUCACAGCAAACUAAAUUUAAUCUGGUCCAAGUGAAAGGAGCAUGGAUCAGACAAACAGAGCAGUGCCAACUGACAGAGGGAAAGUUAUCAGAUGCUAAAAUCUAUGAGAACAAGUCAGAACAUGGACUUUCCUGGACAGUAGUCAGCCCCAUCGUAUUCACCUACAGAGUCCUUCAGUGCAAAAACAUAUUGGAUCCCAGAAAUGACACAUUGCUCUGGGGUCAUUUAGGAGAUGAAGAGCUUAAAGGUACCAUAAGUAACUUUAAACCUGUGAAACGCUUUGUUGUCAUUGAUGAAACUGUCAAUCAUCUCUAUGGCUCUCAAGUUAUUCAGUACUUUAAGGCCAGAGAAGUUGUGUACAAGAUCCUCCCACUGCCUACCACCGAGGAGAACAAAUGUAUGAAGUUAGUCACCGAGAUCCUGGAGGAGGUCCAUGAGUUUGGUAUUGACAGGCGCUCUGAGCCAAUCAUAGCCAUCGGUGGUGGGGUUUGUCUGGACGUGGUGGGUUUGGCAGCAUCUCUCUAUCGCCGGAGGACGCCAUACAUUCGGGUGCCGACCACUUUACUCUCUUAUGUUGAUGCCAGUGUGGGGGCAAAAACAGGGGUCAACUUUGCUGGUGGGAAAAACAAGCUGGGAGGUUACGUCCCCCCAGUAGCUACAUUCUUAGAUCGUUCAUUCUUCCAAACUCUUCCACCACGUCAGAUCUCCAACGGGAUGGCAGAGAUGCUAAAGAUGGCCCUGAUGAAGCACUGUGGUCUGUUUGAGCUGCUGGAGGCUGAGGGCAGGAAGCUGUUAAACACCAAGCUGCAGUCAUGUGAGAGCAACAACAGCUCUCAACACGAAGAUAGCGCUACAGCAUCGACCCGCAUCGCCAUAGAAACCAUGCUGGAGGAACUGGCUCCUAACUUGUGGGAGGAUGAUUUGGACAGGCUGGUGGAUUUUGGUCACCUCAUCAGCCCUGAAUUAGAAAUGAGAGUGUUGCCAGCAUUGCUUCAUGGGGAGGCGGUCAGCAUCGACAUGUCCUUCAUGGUGUAUGUGGCCCACCAGAGGGGGCUGCUGACAGCAGAUGAGAAGGAGCGCAUCAUCCAGUGCGUGCUGGGCCUGGAGCUGCCUGUGUGGCACCAGGACUGCACCCUGGCCCUGGUGCAGAAAUCCCUCAAGGAGCGUCUGAAGCACUCCGCUGGCUCUCUGAGGAUGCCUCUCCCCACAGGACUGGGACAUGCAGAAAUCUUCCAUGAUGUGAUUGAUGAUAAUAUCCUCUGCCAAGCUUACCAGAAAUGGACUGAUGAGCUUUCUUCUUCUGGGAACAAAUGAAAUGUGUAACUAUAACUUGAAAAACAAGUUAUUACUUUAAGUCCCCCUAUUUUGGAUUUAAUAAGCAGUAUACAGAUGAUUAAUAAAUGGUUCUUUACACAUGAUUAUGAUGUUUGUUAAUGUAUUGGUCAACAGCUAUAACCCCUCUUGUGGGCACCCAUAAGUGGAGCCUGUAUAAACAGAUAAUGCCUGACAAUAUACUACUAAUAAUAUAAAAUAUGUCCUCAUAGAAGAAAUUGCAACUGUUGACAAAUACUUUACAUUAAGACAUAAAAAUGUCCUUAUAUCUGCUUGCAAUACUAUACUGUGUCAUAAACCUUAAUUAAAUGUUUGUAUACUUGUUUUUCAUGCUAAAAUAGUGGGACUUAAAAGUGUUAGUGUUGUGGAAGAAACACACAAGCUCCACCAACAUUCAAAUAAAACUUUUAAUAUUUCUCACAACAUUGUUUCCACAUUGAGUACCAAUGAGUUUGAGUUCACUAAUCUGAAACCAGUGCGUACAGUAAUAAUUGCUACAUUCAUCUCAUAUAAACUGUAACAAUAAGAACAGUAGCAACAUCAGCAGAGAACCUGUCUGUAUGAACCACAGGGAUGAGAAUGAGCACAGAGGUCUAAAUUGAGCUAACAUGGUUCUUCAUUAGUGGUUUACCCAUAAUGUGCCAUAAUAACUAACAGUUGGAAGAUUCAUUAUGAGAAAUCAGUCAUAGAGAUGGCUUUAAAUUAAGUGCUGCCACCACCUACAUGUAAUGCUGAUGUUCAUUCUGACAAGUCACAUUACAGGGUUUAGAUGAUUUAUCUAAAGCUGAUCUGGGUUCAAUCACAGGGCAAUGUUGCAGGCCUGUGUGUGCUGCAGUAUUAAGGCUCAGUACCUGUGCUCCGUGUGAUCAUAAGGGUCAUUUUGCAGUCCACUGAUGCUAUACUUCACCUGUGACAAAAAGAUCUUAAAUCAGUGUCCACUUACUACCUUUCUACAGACCUUUCAAGGUGUUUAUCAGUGGGUAGUGUUUGCUCAGUGUUUCUAAUUGAAGACUGAGAUGCAACUGAAAGCUCUGGAAAAGGUUACAAAAGUGGAUCAUGAGUUAAGAUUCUUGUUUACUAUUUCCAACCUCACCUGUUUGUACCUUAUUCAUUGCCUGAUUGCCAUCUUGCUGUAGGUAUUGCUUUUUAUUAUGAAGGAGAAAAGCCACUAACGGUGCAUCAGCUAAGCUGUUCAUAGUUAUUCAUAUCCUACAUUCUCAAAACAAUUCUGAAUAUUCAGUACAACUUUGGAAAACACUGUCUUAAAGUGUAGAAUUAGACCUUUAUAAAGAUAAAAACAAAAUGCACAGCCAAAACAUGCAGCUCCAAAGUGUUCCAUAUUAAAUACACAAAGAAGAUGUUAUGAAAUAAAUAAUCAUAAAGUAUUGAACACAUUGAAAUUAUGACUGCUGAUAUAUGAAAAGCUGAAGGAUUGGUUAAAAACUGGGCAAUAACAUUUACAGUUCAAUUACAGCUCAAAUCAAAAUGAAAUGUCAUCAUUCCUAUUUUCAUUGCUUUGUAUUUCCCCCAAUGAAAAAACCUUUCACGACAGUGACAUUAUAUGAAAUAAAAACACUUUUGAUAAAAGGCACUGUCAAACAAAUAUUUCUUUACUGAAAUAAAAACAAAAUAAAUAAAACUCUGCUGCUAUGAGAAUAAAAAUAAACUAACAUUCCAUAAUAAUGAUUUUAAUAACUUAUUAUUUCAGAAUUUAGUGGUUUAAUUAUCCAUUUCACUAUUUACUUUUAUGAUUAUGUAUUUCACAAUGCCUUAUUUAUUUUAUAUCGAACACUUUGGUCUUGUGGUUCUUAUAGUGUUAUCUGACUUAAGGCCCCGUCCUACUGCUCUCCCGUAACUCAGCGUAACUCUUCAGGUUAAUCCAUGAAGCACCAAACAUCAAUAUAAACAUCAACAAAAUGUUGCAUCACUCCUCUUACAUCACCACGGUAACAGAAAUGACUAAGGCACUUAAAUCAAUGAAAAAGAUAAUCACUUCGAUACUGUUUUAGACUAAUUCAUAAGGAGAUCACAUUGUCAAGACAUGAUGCUGCUCUACAGGCACAACUUCUGCCAUUGCAUAGUUUAACCAAAUGGAGGCUGUGCUGUAACAGGGCUCUCAGUUUAUGGCAAGGUAGUUAUCAAGAAGGCAUACUUAUGCAAUGUGCUACAACUGUUGAAAACAAAUUGCUGAAAUAUACAACAACCAUACACCAUCAAGAAUCUACAAUCUCAUACAAUAUUCUGUAUGCAUUUGAAAAGCCAAAUACAAUAGUUAGUUUAUGCUUAGAUACAAAAAAAAAAGAAAGGCAAACAAUCCAUGUUUCAAUUUACAGAGGUCAUUCCAGUGUUUGGACAAUGUCAUGCAUUUCAUACAAAAUCCCAAAGCAGUCUCCUUAUACUCCAUGGCAAUAUAAAUGUUCACAUAAUGGAAAAAAGAACAUCCUGAAUGUGAAAUGUCAUUGCAGUGAUGUAAAAAAAAACAAAACAAAAAAAAAACAACAACAAUAAUAUAGGAAAUGGAUGGACAAUUAUAAAAACUGAGCACUUGCAUCAACACGUUUGAAGUAUUACAAUAUACUGCAUGUGCUGAAAUAAUGGCAGUUUUACCAGUUCUAUACGUCUGAUCACUACAGGCAAGAAUACAAUAAAAACUGAAUAGAUUCAUAUUUUGAACAUCAAUCACAUAUCAAAUAUUUGUAGAAUUAUGUAAGAAUAUUCAGAUCUAUCAAGUGAAAUCAGCUUCUUGUGCGCAUGUCAGGGCUACUAUUGCCUUGAUUUUGACUUGAGCUAAGAUUCUACUAUUUUUGAGACUCUGCAUCAUAAGAAAAUCUUUGAAAUUUGUUUGUUUGUUGUUUAAUUGCUUAAGUAAAAAAAUCUGUGUUUUUUGGCAGUGAGGAAUGUAUUGUAAUAAACACCAAUCAGCCACAACAUUAAAACCACGACAAGUGAUAAGAAUAACAUCGAUUAUCUCCUUACAAUCUGUCAGGGGGUAGGAUAUAUUAGGCAGCAGGUGAACAGUCAGUUCUUGAAGCUUUGACAAGGGCAACAUCUUGAUGGCUAGAUGACUGGGUCAGAAAAGACCCUCUCCAAAAUGGCAGGUCUUGUGGGGUGUUCCCAGUAUGCAGUGGUUAGUACCUACCAAAAGUGGUCCAAGGAAGGACAACCAGUGAACCGGUGACAGAAUCAUGGGUAGAGUAAAGACUGGCCUGUUUGGUCCAAUCCCACAGAAGAGCUACUGUGGCACAAAGUGCUGAAAACCUAAAUGCUGGCUAUGGUAGAGAGCUGUCAGAACACAAAGUGUAUUGCAGCUUCCUGCAUCUGCUGAACCCUGUCCACCCCCAAAAGUGCUGACACUGGGAACGUCUGAACUGUAUUAGAACUGGACCAUGAAGCAAUGGAAGAAGGUGGCCUGGUCUGGUGAACUACAUUGUUUACCUGGGGAAGAGAUGGCACCAGGAUGCAUGAUGGACAGGAGGAAUGCCGGGGGAGGCAGCUCUCUGGGCAAUGUUCUUGUGGGAAACCAUGGAUCCUGACAUUCAUGUGGAUGUUACUUUGACACGCACCACCUACCUAAUCAUUGUUGCAGACCAAGUAAAACCCUUCAUGGCAAUGGUAUUCCCUGAUGGCAGUGGCCUCUUUCAGCAGGAUAAAGCACCCUGCCACACUGAAAAAAAAAGUUCAGGAAUGGUUUGAGGAACAUGACAAAGAGUUCAAGAUGUUGCCCUGGCCUACAAAUUCCCCAGAUCUUAAUCCGAUCGAGCAUCUGUGGGAUGAGCUGGAAAAACAAGUCAGAUCCUUGGAAGCCCCACAAUUUACAGGACUUAAUGGAUUUGCAGCUAAUGUCUUGGUGCCUGAUACCACAGGACAGUUUCAGAGGACCUCGAAGGGGACCUACACCACUCAGGUGGUUUUAAUGUUGGCUGAUGGGUGUAUCUGGUACACACUGCUGGAUCAAUAAGCAUGGGUGGUUAAAGGAUGCGUGGUUAAUGGUGAAACUUGACCUUUCUCUCUUGUUACUGGAUUGUUGUGCUGCAUUUUGACAUUAUGACACUGAAGAAAAGACUACAUUUAUCAAUUAUUGAUGGUGAUUUUGUUCAAUUAAUUAUCUAGAAGGAGACGUUUUAGCUUAGGAUUGCUUUUAAUGUGCUUUUAUUUAUUAUCUCAGGAUCUUUUAAAAAGCCCUGUUAUAAAUUAAUUUUUAAGGGGAAUGUGUACAUAAAGUCCUGUUUACAUAGAUACAUAAAUAAGAUCAAAUCUACAAAUGAUUAAUAUUUGUCAAGGAAGAAAUUUCAACUGGAAGACUGACAAAGACUCAGCUAACAGCCAAAACAUGUGCAUAGCAAUACAACAUCGAUGUAUACACAUCUUAAUAAGGCAUUGGCACAUUCAAGUUCAAUCUAAGACACAAGGAGUGUAAAGCACUAUUGUAAUAAAUAGAUUUUUUUUCUUCUA